AUGGAUAGAAAUUCCGAUUUAGAUAAAUUUAAAGAUUAAAACAGAGAAUUGUUUUAAAAUUACAUAGGAAAUAAUCUCGAAGAGGAUUUAAAAAAGAAGAAAGAAGAAAUUGAGCAACAAAUGAAUAGAGCUAGGAUAAGAUAACCCGAACAGAAAGACGAAGGAAUUAAAGAUUCUUGUAUUUACUAACUUGGUAAUUAAAAUAAAGAAUCUUCUGAAUUUUCUAUCUCCAAAUAAAGCUUUAAAAGAAUAUUUUCCAUCAUCAGCAGUAUGUUUGGCGAUUAAGAUAAAAAAUAUGAAGAUAAGAAUUUCUUCCUUUAUGUGAAUGAUUAAUUUGGAAAGUUGUUUGGAUAACUAUUAGCCAAAAAGAAAGAUAAAGAUUAUGUACAACCUAGAACUAUUUUAGAUUUCGAAUACAUUAGGAAAGAAUAUGGAAAUUUAAAUGAGCAAUUCCAAGAAUUGAUAGAUGAAGAUUUAAUUCAUUUCGCAAACUUUGUUCACGGUUCAAAAGAAGAUAAAACUAUGGCUGGUUUUGGCAUGUGUGUAAAUGGAAAGUUAUUACACUAAGAAGACUGGAGAAACUUGUUUUACAAUUUAAUAAAUAUCAAAUCUGCUUCAGUAACUGAUGUUUGCUAAAUAUAAUAUUACUUCUAUAUGCAGAACAUUUUAAGAAUACUAAAACGUUACUAAGAUAAGUAUAAAUAGGACAUAACUCAACAAUUUGAAAUCUAUUUUGCUUUAGCAUUUGUAAAAAAAAUCUUCUCUAUACACGAAUUUUACGGAGUUCCCCUAGAGGAUGCAGAAUUCAAAAAUUUCAAAGAUGCUAUAUUAAAUACAUAACAAAUGUAUGCAGGCGAUUACCAACCACAAUAGUAACCUGAUUAUGAGCCUUACAAAACUAUCGUAUAAAUAAAUCCAAACUAAUACUAAGAAGCAUAAAUUAUCUAAAAAGCAUUGAUAAAUUCAAAAAAAUAAUAAUGA